AUGUUUUUGUACUUCUGUCUUUUUAUUUUACUAAGUAAGUCUUUCGGUGAAGAAAGUAUAAAAUAUGCAGCUGUUAUUUAUAGACAUGGUGAUAGAACACCAGUCGACCUGUAUCCAACAGACCCUUGGCGAAACGAAUCAUUAUGGCCCGUCAGAUUUGGCCAACUGACCAAUAUUGGUAAAAAGCAGCAUUAUGCGUUAGGUAAAUGGCUCCGAAAGCGAUAUGCGAAUUUACUCUCCAAUCAAUUUGAUCCGAAGGAAGUGUAUGUACGGUCCACUGACGUGGAUCGUACAUUGAUGUCUGCUCAAGCCAAUUUGGCAGGUAUGUUCCCACCAACUGGUAAGUCUGUAUGGAAUGAAGACCUAUUAUGGCAACCAAUACCAGUGCAUACGAAACCAGAGAGAGAUGAUGAACUUCUGGCUAUGAAAAAGAAUUGUAUAGCAUACAACAAAGAGAAGGAGCAGUACUUAAAUUCCAAAGCAUACAAGGACCGACUCAGUAAAUAUCAAAAUCUUAUGGAUUACCUGACAACAUAUACUGGAAAGGAAAUACGAGAUUAUGAAGACAUGAAAGACAUAUAUAGUAAUCUGUUUAUUGAAGAUUUAUAUAAUUUUACUUUACCAAAUUGGACACACUCCAUAUUUCCUGACAAACUGAGGGAGCCAUCUUGUUAUAGUUUCUCAACAUCAACUGCAACUCCACUGAUGGCACGGUUAAUGGUUGGCCCUCUACUUAAACAGAUAGUUAAUAAAAUGUUCGAUUCAAUAUCUAAUAAGACGAAAAGUGCAUUGAAGUUAUCUAUAUACAGUGGACAUGAUUUUACCAUCGGCAACAUUCUCUCUGCUAUGGGUUUUUUUGACGGAAAUUGUCCACCAUACACUGCAACAAUUCUUUUGGAGCUGAUAUAUGAUAACUCAACGGCUGAUCACUAUGUUAGAAUUUUGUACAGAAAUUCCACUGAAAUAGUGGAGCCUAAUACACUCUUGAUACCAUAUUGUGGUAAAAAAUGCCCCAUCAAGAGGUUCCUUAAAUUAUAUGACAAUCUAAUAAGCGUAAAUUGGGAAUAUGAAUGUGAGAAAAAAUUUACUUCUAUUUUUGGAAUCUCCUUACUGAUCGGUCUAGGCCUAUUUUUUGUCAUAUACGUUGUGCAUAAAAUUCACUUUGCCAGAGUUUCUAAAAUUCACAGAUCAAAGUUCGACUAUGUUAACUUUAAUAACAAAACAAAUUCCUCCAAAUUAAUAUCACCUGUUCGGAUAGAAUGA